UGGUGCACUAAUGGCUUCACGUGGUCCCUCAAACAACUUGAAAACAAGAGGUGCCGAUUAAGCCAAAGAAGUACUACGCCCUUGUGCACUUGUUCUGGUAGACUCGCUGUUGCAAGUCAAGCCGAUCAACUGCUACGCCCUUGUGCACCUGCUCUGGCCGGCGGCGAUGGCCGGCUUCUUGAUGAUCACGUCGACAACCACUUGCGCCGUCGGCCUCAUCUUCUUCUCCGUCUGCUACCUCCCUGCGGCUCCUGUCGCCGCCUUGUCCUUCGACUACCCCACCUUCGGCCCAGAAGACAAAAACGACAUCAGAGUCGAAGGCGACGCCUACAUCAGCGCCGGGUGGAUCGACGUGACCGCCAACAGGCUCACGAGCAUCGCUCACAGCAAGGGCCGUGCGUCGUACAACGCCCAGCCGAUGCUCCUCUGGGACAAGACCACCGGCGAGGUGGCUAGCUUCACCACGCGCUUCUCCUUCGCCAUCAACAUGGACCUUUCUUCGUUGACCAUCAACAACAAGGGCACCGGCAUGGCCUUCUUCCUCGCCGGCUACCCGUCGAGCAUGCCGGCCGACUCCUACGCGUACAACAUGUGCCUCACCAACCAAAGCGCGGAUGCCGUGGCCACCGGAGACAGCCGGUUCGUGGCGGUGGAGUUCGACACCUUCAACGACACCAUAGCGUUCGACCCCCACAGCACCUACGACCACGUCGGCAUCGACGUUAACUCCAUCAGAUCGGUGGCCACGGAGAGCCUGCCGAGCUUCAGCCUCCGCGGGAACAUGACCGCCGAGAUCAAGUACCACAACCUCUCGAGCAUCCUGGAAAUGACGCUAUGGCUGGGCGAUGGAACACGCAGGUACCUUAGCCACAAGGUUGACCUCAAGAGCGUGUUGCCGGAGAAUGUCUCCGUUGGCUUCUCCGCCUCAACGUCCACAUCCACGGAGCUGCAUCAGCUGUAUUCUUGGUACUUCAGCUCGUCGCUGGAACCCAAAGCCGCACCGGUAGUAGCUCCGCCGCCGCUACUACCACCUUCCCCGACCCCGAGAACCUCUGGUUCCGGAAAUGGCGGAGUUAUAGCGGGAGCCGCCGUCGGCGCAGCACUGUUCCUCGUGCUUCUCUUCGCUAUGGCAGCUCUCUUCGCACGACGGCGUCGGAGCAAAAAGAGGAGGGAGGCAGAAGAGUUGGAGGACAUAGGCGGCUCGGACGACGACGGGGACGAGCCGAUCAUGGAGAUCGAAAUGGGGACGGGGCCGAGGCGGUUCCCGUACCACGAGCUCGUUGAUGCGACGAGGAGCUUCGCGCCGGAGGAGAAGCUCGGGCAAGGCGGCUUCGGCUCGGUGUACCGAGGUUACCUGAGAGAGCGCGGCCUCGUCGUGGCCAUAAAGAGAUUCGCUAAAGGAUCUUCCAUGCAAGGGAUGAAGGAGUACAAGUCGGAGAUCAAGGUGAUAAGCCGGAUCCGCCACCGGAAUCUCGUGCAGCUCAUCGGCUGGUGCCAUGGCCGCGACGAGCUCCUGCUCGUCUACGAGCUCGUGCCCAACCGCAGCCUCGACGUCCAUCUCCACGGCAACGGCACCUUCUUGACAUGGCCAAUGAGGAUCAAGAUUGUUCUUGGGCUUGGAUCCGCACUGCUCUACCUUCACGAGGAGUGGGAGCAAUGCGUGGUGCACCGCGACGUCAAGCCGAGUAAUGUCAUGCUGGAUGAGUCCUUCAACGCCAAGCUAGGCGACUUCGGGCUCGCGAGGUUCAUCGACCACGCCGUCGGGAUGCAGACGAUGACCGCCGUCUCGGGCACGCCGGGCUACGUCGACCCCGAAUGUUUGAUCACCAGCAGAGCAAGCGCCGAGUCCGAUGUCUACAGCUUCGGUGUCGUCCUGCUAGAGGUUGUAUGUGGGAGGAGGCCAAUGAGCUUACUGGACAGCCAGAAGAACGCCGUCUUCCGGCUGGUCGAGUGGGUCUGGGACCUGUACGGCCAGGGAGCCGCUCUCGCGGCGGCCGACGAGCGUCUCAACAGCGACUACGACGCGGCGGAGAUGGAGCGUGUCGUGGCCGUUGGGCUCUGGUGCGCGCACCCUGACCCACGCGCGCGGCCAUCCAUCAGAGCAGCCAUGGCCGUGCUCCAGUCCAACGGUCUGCUGCCGGAGCUGCCUGCCAAGAUGCCCGUGCCGACCUACGCGCCGCCAGUGUCCUUGCCGGAGGGCCUCUUCUCGUACAGUGCUUCCUCUACAGGGACGACGUCCUCCAGUUUGACUCAGUCGUCGACGACGAGUGGCUCCUCCGACGCGUCCACUUCAACCGGAGUAAAGGACUCGUCUUCGCUACUCAAACAUCAGUACUAAUAAAUAAUAAUACUUCAUUUGAUUUAUUUUUAAUUUAGAAUUGCCUGAGUUACUUUUGGUUUAUUUUAUUGUUUCCGUUGUUUCUAUUUAGAAGUGGCCAUGAUGUGUAUCAUAUGUGUCGCGGGACUAGCAAGGAAGGUUAUUUUUUUAUAUUUUAAAAUUUUAUUUUUUUAUAAUAUUAUUAUAGUAUCCUCUAAUAUUAUUAUAAUAUUUUUUAUUUUUUUAUCUUCAAUAAAUAUCUUAUUUUUAUCUUU